AUGUUCUCCGUUGACGAUGUGGAGGUUUUGCUACACAACUUGAUUCGGAUCGCAUGGGACUUAUAUUACAACUGCAACUAUGUUCGUGGUGAGGCCCCCGAUGGCUUCAAGCAACUUGUGGACGGACUCCUCGCUCUUCAUAACACGCUUCGUGCUUUGAAGAACAAUGUCGAGGCUGUGCGAGGUGACCAUAAAGUUGACCUGCAGCCGUCGCUCCAUGCCUGUUUAGAGACUCUACACGCACUUCAAAGACUAGUCGUCAGGUAUCAAGCUAUCGGGGCUAGCAGCGAAAAGGAGUUCUGGGAGAAAAUGGACUGGCCGACACAGCAAGGACAAGAGGUGUUCCAUUCUCGGACUCCACCCGUCGUGGUGAAAGGUGUGCCAGGUUUAGAAACAUCGGCUUCUUAUUCCCAGUCACGAGAACAGCUCCGCCGAUCGCUGCGUUAUGAGCCCCGAGAUCGAUUCCACCAAGCUGACGCCGAACUCGUCCUGAAGUUUGAUGCAUCCGUGGUAAAAGGGCAGGAAGUCCGGAAUCUUACUACGAGUGGUUGGUUACAUAUCGCUGUAUGGUGGCUGCUCAAAGCCCGUGCUGUCCUCGCCAAUGCGGACAAGACAAACCUGGCAAAUACUCGUGGAAGUGUCAGCCCAUCAACCUUAUCGUGGUCAUCGAGCCAUCAGGCAUAUAUUGACCUGCUCAAAGCAUCCUACAUCUUAUACGAUGUUGUGUUGAGAACAGGCAACCCACAAGAAUUGUUCUUGAAUGAGAACCGAAAGAUGGUUUCAGAUUUGUCGGAUGGUAUAAGGGAAGAAUUCUCCCAGUUCAGCUCUGUUGACGUCCCGGACUAUGCUGCUAUCCAUUCACACAGCCAGGAUAUUCUCGAAACAAUACAACCCGAGGAAACGGCUGGCAAUAUGAAUCCGCGUCUAGGUCUGGGCGACGUUCGAUACACUACAGUCGAGAUUGAAGACGCGGGUAAUGAAGACGAACAUGUCUUCUUUCGUACGUUCGUCAAUGCUGGAAUAGGCAGCAAAAAGCUUCGCAUGAGGACUAAAGGAGCUCCAUAUAUGCUUCUGCUGUCUACUAGAUCCGGGGACAGUGAGCCGAAGGUUACUAUAUGUAAUCAAAUGGGCACGUUUUGUCUUCAACGGAACUUCACACCCGCGGAUUUGAUUCAGCUUGUACAAACUUCAAAUGCCUCAGUUGACGGUCUUCCUGUCGCAAGAUCCACAGAGCCGGUAGCUCUGAUGUUCGAAACCACCAGUGUUUCGAUCUCGUUCCAGUAUUUGGCCGACUUGGUGCAAUUUAUCAGCGUUCCAAAGGCGUACUUCGAUGCCGUGUGGCCCAGGGAACCAAUAAGCUCGGAUAAAAUUACCGAGACUGUGAUUUACAAAGGCUCCGUUGAGGUACUGGAACAGCUAAAAGCGCCGAGCUUGGUAGCGAUGAGCCCAGCCCUUGUUCAUCGAUCCUGUGAGGUGCGCAUUCUAGAAAGAUCAUAUGGCGAGGCAUGGCGCUCCAUCCGGAGAAUGGUUAUCAGCUCUUCCGUAGCCGAAAAGAACCCUAUAUGCAUCGACUGGUUCAUGCCUCUGAGUUUUGUGCAGAUCAAUCGCAGCAAAGGAUCGAGGCAGGCACUGCUGAAGUGGUCAGAUACCGGACAAGAACGAUCUGACAAGACCGAUGGGAACUAUAACCCCCUGUACUCGAAUGUGUACGAUGAGAAGAACCCCAACAUAGGAAUCAGCAUAGAGUGGUCCACAGAGCAGGCGGCGGGGGAGUUUGAACAGGCUAUCUUGAGUCUAAACUCGAAGCCGAUAUUCUCCUGGUCUCAGACCCCAAGCUCGGGUCAUAUCUAUGACGCCGUAGACGAUACCCCGGAGCAGAAGAUGUACAAAGCAAUCUUGGUGUGCCAGAGUCACACGGGUUGGAAGUCCUGCGGCCUAUACUAUGUUUACAGAGACACCGACUACAGCUAUGAGCAUGCCAAUCGCCGUGUCCGGUUUCCACACAUAUUCCACACCCAUUACAUCUCGUCGCACGUCGAUCAGUUGUACCGAGCUGACUCUCCAGUUCAAUUCUCCCGGAGCGAGAAGGUGACGAGAAGUGUCACGAUCGGUUUCGAUGAAGAGCUCACGCUGCAGGGGUUCAUGAGCGCGCUUGCAGCUUCUCACGAACUCGUGUUUUCGAGACGUGCCACAUCGCUCACGACUAAAGGCAAGCUUCUCUUCGGUCACAAGAAAUCCUCCAAGGGAGACUCAGAGGUGCAGUUAUGGCGAAAUGGGGUGCAUCUUCGUCUUGCUGCGCGGUGGAAGAGUGACCACGUUGCGGACAAGUGGUUGACGAUGGGGAUCCCAUCUCGGGAGCCAACGCAGGACAGCAAUCGGAUAAGCUUCCACACCAUGGAGUUUUCACGUGGAAUGGUUCUCAAUAUGGCGAAGAUUGCUGCGGGGAAAGCGAAAGACCCAGGCAAGGAGCGACUGCGGGGCCCUGUCACAAUCACAUUUCCGACCUUAAAAGGUACGUAUCUGCUUCAAUGGGUCAUCUGGCGAGUAUUAAUUGUUGUGGGACGCUAACAUACAUUAUUUUCCGGCAGAUGAAGAAGACUUCAUGGCUAUCUUGACAGCGAAGUCUACGUCAUAAAGCAGGUCUGAGACAGCGAGACGUGCUGCCUGUAAAUAGUCUGUCUGCGUGACGAAAAAAAUAUCGAUCAAACAAAGCACACACAAGUG